AUGGACAAGGGGAAGCUUGCCCAACUGCUCGAGGGGAGCCAAAAACACGUCGCUGAUUUGACCUCCCUCGCAGCCAACACGGAGCAGGUCAAGGCCGUCACUGCCGAGCUCCAGAAGAACUACUACUCCCAACCCGAGUCGUUGCUCGCCCUCGUCGAAGUCUCCCUCACCCAUGGCGACGCCGGCGUUCGACAGCUCGCCUCGGUCCAGGCCCUGCGCCUAGUCCCCAAGUACUGGGAGAAGACUGCUCAGGACCAGCGACAGCUUGCCCGCAACCACCUUCUCGAGGGUACCCUCAAGGAGCAGUCUGCUGGUGUCCGUCACUCGCUUGCCCGUCUCGUCGCCGGCAUCGUCAGCGCCGACAUGGAGAAUGGCGAGGGUGAGGACUUCCUCCGACAGCUUCUCCCCCUCAACAACAACGACAAUGUCGUUGCUCGCGAGGUCGGUUCGUUCCUCCUCUACGCUAUGCUUGAGGAGGACCCUACCCACUUCAGCGACCACACCCACCAGCUCCUUGAGCUCUUCCAGGCCCGCAUUGAGGACCCUCAGAGCAAGGAGGUCCGCAUCAACAUCGUUCGCGCUAUUGGUGCUAUCCUCAUGAUCAUCGAGCCCGAGGAGGAUCAGGUGGCCCUCAAGGCCAUGCAGGGCUUCGUUCCUAGCCUGGUUAACAUCCUCAAGGCUACCGUCGAGGCCGAGGAUGAGGAGAGCUACAAGAUCGUCUUCGAGGUCUUCCACUCCUUCAUCGCCUACGACUCCUCCCUUCUUGCCGUCCACCUCCGGGAUCUGCUCCAGUUCAUGAUUGAGCUUGGUGCCAACUCCAACGCCGAGGACGACGCCCGAUCCCAGGCCCUGGCCUUCCUUAUUCAAUGCGUUCGCUACCGCCGCAUGAAGAUCCAGGCCAUGAAGGACAUGGGCGCUCAGCUCAUGGUCAAGGCCAUGCACAUCAUCACCGAGCUCGACUCUGACGAUGAGGAGGAGGACAUGUCCCCUGCCCGCACCGCCAUCAGCCUCGUCGACACUUUGGCCAGCGAGCUUCCUCCUCGCCAGGUCAUUGUUCCCCUUCUCGAGCAGUUCCCUAGCUUCGCCACCAACCAGAACCCCAAGUUCCGCAUGGCUGCUAUGCUCGCUCUUGGUAACGCCGCCGAGGGUGCCCCCGACUUCAUCUCCACUCAGCUUGAGCCUCUCCUCCCCGCCAUCAUCAACCUUCUCUGCGAUACCGAGACCCAGGUCCGACACGCCUCUCUUGUCGGUCUGAUCCACCUCGCCGAGGAGAUGGCCGAUGAGAUGGCUUCCCACCACGACCAGAUCAUCAGCGCCAUCCUCAAGAACCUCGAGGCUGCCUCCCAGGCUGGUUCCGACAAGAAGAAUGUUAGCAUCAUUCGCUGCUCUUGCGGUGCCCUCGACACCUUUGGCGAUGGUAUCGACACCAAGAUCAUGGCUCAGUACGGUCCCAACCUGAUCCAGCCCAUGGUCCGUCUCCUUGACCACGAGGACUUCGGUGUCAAGGCUGCCGCCGCCUCUGCCAUCGGUGCUAUUGCUUCCUCCAUGGAGUCUGCCUUCGAGCCCUACUUCAAGGACGUCAUGACCGCCCUCGGCCGCUUCGUCGCCAUCAAGGAAAAUGAGGAGGCUCUCGACCUCCGAAGCUCUACUUGCGACAGCUUGGGACGUAUCGCCAUGGCUGUCGGCUCUGAGGCCUUCCAGCCUUACGUGAUGGACCUGAUGAAGGCCAGCGAGGAGGCUCUCAACCUCGACAACCCUCGCCUCAAGGAGACCAGCUUCAUCCUCUGGUCCAACCUGUCCAAGGUCUACCACGAGCAGUUCGACCACUUCCUUGAGGGUGUCUUCAAGGGCCUCUUUGCCUCUCUCGAGCUCGAGGAGGAGGAGAUUGAGCUUCCUGGUAUCGAUGCCAGCCAGCUCGGUGAUGGUGCUAUUGUCGUUGGUGGCAAGCGUGUCAAGGUCAAGGCUCCCGAGACCCAGGACGACGUUACCAUUGCCACUGGUGGUGACGAUGACUGGGACGAUAUCGAGGACCUUGAGGACUUCGAUGCCGUCACUGCUGUUGCCCUUGAGCAGGAGAUUGCUCUCGACGUUCUCGGUGAUGUCAUCUCCAACUCUUGCAACAGCUCCAACCUCGAGAAGUACGUCGAGCAGACCCUCGCCAAGGUCACUCCCUUCGCCGAGCACACAUACCAGGGCUGCCGAAAGACCGCCAUCUCCACCCUCUGGCGCACCUACGCCCGCGUCUUCCAGGUCUGGGAGGAGGGCACCGGUGUCAAGUGGGAGGCUGGUCUGCCCGCCAAGCAGGCUCCCCCUGCUUCUCUCGUUGCCAUGAGCCAGGCUCUGCACAAGGCCACCGCCAGCAUCUGGGUUGAGGAUGCCGAACGUUCUGUUGUCACCGACAUCAACCGCAACGUUGCUGCCACCCUCAAGGCCUGCGGUCCCGCUGUUCUCGGUAACGACAAGACCCUGCUCAACGAGAUCAUUACCAUCACCAACCUCAUCAUCACUCGAUCGCACCCCUGCCAGCAGGAUCUCGGCGACGAGGAGGAGGAGCAGGAUGUAGAUGCUGGAUCUUCCGAGUAUGACUGGCUCGUCAUUGACACCGCUCUCGAUGUCGUUGUUGGCCUUGCCGCCGCCCUUGGUGCUGGUUUCUCCGAGCACUGGAAGAUCUUUGAGAAGCCCGUUCUCAAGCUGGCCAGCUCUACUGAGGACCUGCACCGCUCGACCGCUGUCGGCACCAUUGCCGAGAUCACUAAGUAUAUCGGCGAGGGUGUGACUCCGUUCACCGAGUCUCUUGGUCAGGCUCUUGUCCGCCGUCUCACCGACCCUGAUGCUCUGGCCAAGUCCAACGCCGCCUACGCUAUCGGCCUGGUUGUGUUGAACUCUGCCGACACUGGCAAGACGUUCCCUCUGUACCCCCUCCUCUGGGAGAAGCUUGAGCCUCUCCUGACCGUGAACGAGAUGCGCAUGACCGACAACGUCGCCGGUGCUGUCUCGCGCAUGAUCACCAAGAACCCCGACAACGGUUUCGUUGCCCAGGCUCUGCCCGCCAUUGUCAACGUCCUUCCCCUCCAGGAGGACUACGAGGAGAACGCCCCCAUCUACCAGUGCAUCUUCAACCUCUACCAGCAGUCCAACUCGACCGUCGAGCAGCUCACUCCUCAGCUGAUCGGCAUCUUCGAGAAGGUCCUCAGCCCUCCCGAGGAGCAGCUCGAGCCCGAGACCCGACAGAUUCUGCAACAGAUCGUUCAGAUUCUGUACAAGGCCAAGGCUGACCUGUUGGCCAACAACCCCGGCCUUCUCAAGCUGGCUGGCAUCCAGUAAACAAACAAAAAAGUAAAAUCACAAAAAGCAGCAUCACGACUUGAAUGAAUCAAGAUGGGGAUGAAACACAAGACGAGCCUACCAUUGAAGUAGGAACGAGGACAUGACAUGAUUUUGAUGAAAGACGUACAUAUCUGAGCACUGGGUUUGCUGGAUAGAGUAUAUAUGAGGGAGGGUUGGGCUUCAUGCUGCAAGCAUUGUUGAGGUGUUGGACUGGAAAAGGAAAAAGGGAUAAAAAGGGCAAUUGGGAAUGCAAGCGAUGUGGAAUUAUCAAGGAUGGAAGGAUAAAGAAAAAGGGGCUUGGGCAUAGAGAUGGGGUUUGAUACCCACCGAUCGUUUAGAGAAUGAUACCUCUCCGUAUGG